AUGAACGCGGCCGGCUUCCCGUGCCUGCGAGGCAUGUGCACGCUGCCGGCGCCCAGCCCCGCGGCCGCGGCCAGCCCCGGCUCCCCCGGGCCGCCGCGGGGCUCUCCGCAGGCGCCGCCGGUGAAGCCGGAGCCGCGGGGCGCUGGGGGCAGCCCGGCCCCGCCGCCGCCGCCCGAGGAGCCGCCGCCCGCCGCCGGGGGCCGCCGGAGGAAGCGGCCGGUGCAGCGGGGCAAGCCCCCGUACUCGUACAUCGCCCUCAUCGCCAUGGCCAUCGCCAACGCCGCCGAGAGGAAGCUCACCUUGGGCGGCAUCUACAAGUUCAUCACCGAGCGCUUCCCCUUCUACCGGGAGAACCCAAAGAAGUGGCAGAACAGCAUCCGCCACAACCUCACCCUCAACGACUGCUUCGUCAAGAUCCCCCGGGAGCCCGGACAUCCCGGCAAGGGCAACUACUGGACACUGGAUCCGGCCGCAGAGGACAUGUUCGACAACGGGAGCUUCCUGCGGCGGAGGAAGCGCUUCAAGCGCACCGACAUCACCACCUACCCCGGCUACAUGCAGAACUCGAGCGCCUUUACGCCCCCGCCCGCCGGCCGCCCCGCGGCACCCGCAGCGCCCUACCCCAAUGCCCUCUGCUCGCCCGGCUACGGCCCACAGCUCUCCGGCAGCGUCUUCCACCCCUACGCGGCCGGGGCAGCCCCGCCGGCUCAGCAUCCCAGGAUGUUCAGCAUCGACAGCCUCAUCAGCGGGCAGCAGGCCCUGCAGCCCUCGCCGCCCUCCGAGCUGGGCCACCCAUCGCUGGGCCUGCCCGGGGCAGAGCUGGCUCCUGCCUGCUCUGCCGGCAGCUCCGAGCCGCCCUGCUUCCAGGCACAGCCCGUCAGCCCCGGCUUGCUGGGCCGGGCCGGCCCCAACUCCCUGGCGUACCCCUAUGCUGCCUCUCCCCCUCACCUGCCCGUGGCUCAGGGCAGCUACUCGCCCGGCAGCCCACAGCUCUACGGGGCUCCCAACAGACUGGGCCUGCCGGCCAUGCGGGCCCCGGCCUGCGCCGAGCACGGCGAGCAGCUCCUGGGCCUCUCCGCCUCGCCCCUCGGCCAGUUCGGCUCCGGCAACACGUACAUGAGGCAGCCCAACUUCCCCGCCGGCCUGGAGCGAUACAUGUGA